AUGGCGGAGGCGCUGCCUGUGCCUCUUCCUGUCGAGGUCGAGAAACAGAAGAUUCAAUCGUCGCUUCAUUCCGACUCCUCGCCUCAGCUGGAAUAUGACCCGGAGAUUGAGAAGCGAGUGAUCAGGAAAUGCGACCUUCGAGUCGUCCCUCCCACUCUUGUGCUCUUCGCUCUAUCGUUUCUCGACCGAGUAAACAUCGGCAAUGCACGCAUCCAAGGCCUCACCAAAGACCUCAACAUGGUCGGGACAGAUUACAAUGUCGCCCUGCUGAUAUUAUUCGUCCCAUUCAUCCUGUUCGAGAUCCCCUCAAACCUUAUCAUGAAGAAGAUGAAGCCGAGCACGUGGCUUAGUGUGCUUCUAUUCGGCUGUGGAAUCAUGAACAUGUGCAUGGGGUUUGUGCGAACGUAUGGCGAAUUGGUCGGUGUGCGGUUCUUGCUGGGUCUCUUCGAGGCUGGUACCGGUCCGGGCUCGAUCUACCUUAUCGCCAUGUACUACCGACGAUAUGAGCUACCCUGGCGAAUCUCAUGGUGGUACACCUCUGGCAUUGUGGCUGGAGCCUUCGGUGGAUUGCUGGCCUAUGCCAUUGCACAUAUGGACGGGCUUCAAGGGUACAGUGGUUGGAGAUGGAUCUUCAUCAUCGAGGGAGCAGUCACAGCAGCAGUCGGCAUUCUCAUGAAGUUCUGGCUCGUAGACUGGCCCGAAGAUGCAACAUUCCUGACCCCCGAAGAGAAAGCUGUCAUGCUAGCAAGACUAUCCCGAGACCGUGCAGAAGAAGCCCGAAUGGAUCGAUGGAACACCAAACGAGUCUUCAAAGACUGGAAAGUCUACGUCGGCACCCUCAUGUUCUUCGGCAUAGUCAACACAAACUACAGCACCAACUUCUUCAUCCCCACCAUCCUGGUCGAAAUGGGCUACAAAGCCGUCGAAGCCCAAGUCUACACCAUCCCCAUCUACGCCGUCGCCGCCGUCUUCUGCCUCUCGCUCUGCUACCUCUCCGACCGCCUCAAGCACCGCUUCGCCUUCAUCCUCUUCGGCGUCCUCCUCGGCUUCAUCGGCUACGUCAUCCUCCUCACGCAACAAGGCCUCCCCGUCGGCGCCAAGUACUUCGCGCUCUUCACCCUCGUGACGUGCGGGUAUAUCGUGCAGCCCAUCUCGGUGUCGUGGCUCAUGAAUAAUGUCGGGGGACAUUAUAAACGCGCUUUCGCAUCUGCUGCGCAGAUUGGUUGGGGGAAUGCGGGUGGGAUCGUCGCUUCGAAUAUUUAUAUCACGUCUGAGGCGCCGUUUUACAAGACGGGGUAUGGUGUGAGUAUUGCCCUGCUGCUCUUCACGGGCGUCAUGAGCGGCGUGAUGUUCUGGGGUCUGGUCCUGGAAAACAGGAAACGCGCGAGAGGGGAGCGGGAUUAUCGAUUGCAGGGCGAGGAUGCGGAUAAUCUGGGUGAUGAUGAUCCGAGGUUCAAGUUUGCUUAUUAG